CAAGGCGCUGGUGGUUAUGAAGGUUUAUGAGAUGAGGAAACGGACGGGAAGCUACAAGUGGAUGUGGACGCCGAGUUAAAGCCACGUCAGCCAAGGAAGAGUCCCAGAGUGGUUGGAAAUGGUUUAAUGGGUGUGUUAUUUGUAUUUUAAAAAAAUGUAGCUACAGGUUUUUGAAAUUGGUACACGUUUUGCUCUGGUUGUAAAUCUCCCUGCUGGAUAUGAGAAAUGGUCGCAGCGAGUAGGCCUUUGUCAUGCCUCGGACUCACGUAAGAACGUAAGCGGAUCGAGAGCGCUCUGGUCCGGGGAGACUCGGUGUCGUGGACGCGCUUACUUAAGAAGGGACUUGGAGACAUGAUUGCACCAGCCAGAAAGGAUUUUGUGGCUGUGCCUGUAGCAGUAGAUGAACGUGGAGCUUAUACAAAUGGUAAACGGCGCAAGCAGUCGUACUGGAGGAAAUGGAAGCAGCUGUCCAGCCUGCAGCGCAGUCUUAUUCUGUUUGUUCUGGUUCUGCUCCUGAUCAGUGGGAUCAUCGCUUACCCUGGGGGUCCCUUGACACACUGGAGAGCAAAGUCAGACACAGUGGAAAGAGGGAACGAUGAUGGGCUGCAGGCACAUAUUGAGAUGAAGAGUGGCGGCAAAGCUGUUCUGCCUGAGCCCCCUUCAGAGAGAAAGGGCUCUCGUAAGCGAGGACCACCUGCCCUGCAGAACCGCUCGCAGAAUAAAAGAAAUGGCUCUGAACCCCAUGGAGAAGAGAUGAAGAAGGUGGUGGACAGGGAUGGGAACAAGUCAAGAACGAGUUGGCAUGGUUCUGUGAUCAAGAAGAAUGAAGUCACGAAUGCUAAAAAGAAAGAGACGCAGCCUGAGUCUGAGGACUCGUCAGUAGUGGAGAGCAGGCUGGAAGCUGUGAGGGAGGCUUUCCGACAUGCCUGGAAAGGCUACAAAGAGUUUGCCUGGGGUCAUGAUGAGCUCAAACCCAUUUCAAAAUCUUAUACUGAAUGGUUUGGGCUGGGGCUAACUCUUAUUGAUGCACUGGACACGAUGUGGAUCUUGGGCUUGAAAAAAGAGUUUGAGGAAGCCAGGCAGUGGGUGGCCACACAUCUGUCCUUUGGGAAAAGCAUUGAAGUGAACCUGUUUGAGAGCACCAUCCGCAUAAUGGGCGGCCUGCUCAGCACUUACCAUCUGACCGGUGACUCACUGUUCCUGGAGAAAGCUAAAGACAUCGGCUCCAGGUUGAUGCCUGCCUUCAGCACGCCGUCAAAGAUCCCGUACUCGGACGUGAACAUCGGUACUGGUGUGGCUCAUCCACCACACUGGACCUCCGAUAGCACUGUCGCCGAGGUGACCACCAUCCAGCUGGAGUUCCGCGAGCUGAGCCGACUCACCGGAGACCCCAAAUACCAGGAUGCAGUAAUGCAGGUAAUGAAGCAGGUGCACAAAUUGGAAGGGAAGCACGAUGGCCUGGUGCCCAUGUUCAUCAACACCAACAGCGGGCAAUUCACCCACCUGGGCGUGUACACAUUGGGUGCCAGAGCUGACAGCUACUAUGAAUACCUGCUCAAGCAGUGGAUCCAGGGAGGCAAAACGGAGACUGAGUUGUUGGAGGACUACAUGCAGGCAGUGGAGGGGAUUAAAAAGAACCUGCUGAAGAAGUCGUCUCCUCUUGGCCUUACGUUUGUAGGAGAGCUGUCUCACGGACGUUUCAGCCCCAAGAUGGAUCAUUUAGUGUGCUUCCUGCCUGGCACGCUGGCCCUGGGGGUGCACAACGGCCUGCCCGUCGAGCACAUGGAGCUGGCACAGCAGCUGAUGGAGACCUGCUACCAGAUGUACGCACAGAUGGAGACAGGCCUGAGUCCUGAGAUUGUGCACUUCAACAUGCAGGCGGGCAGCGUGCAGGAUGUGGAUGUGAAACCUGCAGACCGACACAACCUGUUACGGCCAGAAACCGUGGAAAGCCUCUUCUACCUGUACCGGUUCACUAAGGACAAGAAGUACCAGACCUGGGGUUGGGAGAUCUUUCAGAACUUCAACAAAUACACUAGGGUCGAUACUGGUGGUUACACCUCCAUCAAUAACGUACGAGACCCGAAGUCUCCCAGUCCACGAGACAAGAUGGAGAGCUUCUUCCUGGGCGAGACACUCAAAUACUUCUACCUGCUGUUUUCAGACAACUUGGACCUUAUUAGCCUGGACACGUACCUCUUCAACACGGAGGCCCAUCCUUUGCCCAUCUGGCCGAAGGCUCAGUGAUGGACUGUGUGUGCGUGUGUGUUUCUCUCAUGUCUGUCCGGCCUUUACAGAAAGACUUUGUCAGUUCCUCUGAUAUCGAAACUGCCUUCUUUCUUUUUCCUGUUUUUUGGGAACAAGAAUCUUUUUGUAAUUGGACUUUUUAUUUAAUUGGUGACAAUUUCUAAAAGCGUUUACUAAAGUCACAAGAUACACGUACAAACCGAUGAAGCAGCCUGUGAGAGGUGGAUGGGUGGGGUGUUGUUAAAACGGAGUACAUUUUUCAUUUGCGCUGUACACGAUUUCAUUAGUGCCGAGUGAGAACAAAUCCGAUUCUCUAAGCUUGGAUUAUCAGUCCUAUCCACCAUAACUGUGCUGAACUCCUCAUCCCGCAUCGUCAGAGAAGGAGGCCUCAGAGUCCGCUCCAAUACGGUUAUCACUUAAGCCGCGGCACUGUAGAGCACAAUGAGAGCAGGACGAAGUGAGGCAGGCACAAAUUACACUGUCGUUCACCUCCGUGUUCUUGAGUCGUUUCAGUCUGUGCACUCUUAUUCAGUCCAAGAGUUCAAUUCACUUUCAAACUGUGAACCUUUUUUUGUAGACUGUGAGCACUUUAUGGCGUCCCCCGUCCCCUUUGCGAUCAAACCUGUCCUGUGUCACCGUCUUACUUUUCCAGUUUGUAGUGUUCGUCACUUUAUAGAUAUAUGCUACCUAUUUAUCUGUGCUGACUCGAACACAGAUCACUGCCAUUCCGAUAUAUAGGGAAAGUAAUACGUUUGUGUUGUAAAAAAUUUCCCCAUACAUUUUUCAUUUUGUAAUAUUACCCGAUGCUAGUUGCACAAGAGUCGAGGUGGUCGUCUACACCUAAAACAUGGACCAGCAAUUCAACAACAAACUUGGAACAGAAGGUUUGAGUAACUUCCAUAUUUUGUUGUUGCGGUUUUUUUUUUGGGGGGGGGGGUUUAAAUCCUACUACGAUUGGCUGGUGAUGGUUGUUCUUUCAAAGCCAUAUGACUACAUGCUCAAGGAGCCAGAUUGUGGAAAAAGGAGCCAGAGCUUCACUAGAAUAGUAAUAAAGUUGGUCUGUCCAUUUCA